UGGGCUAAGUCUAUGGAGGGGAGGGGGGCUCGAAGCAAAAUAGCCAACAGCAGAGUCCUCUCCAGUUUGUAAUAAUCCGUGCCUGGUUACGGGCAGAGGAGAGAGCCUCGCCGUUUUGAUCGGGGCUUGUUCCUUAAGAGAGCAGAGGCAGACGGGGCUAGGAACGAGGGGGCUGGUCGCCCGCCCCGGAUCCAACGGGCUGCACGAAAGGCAACAGUUGAUCGCUUGCCGUCGAUCGCAAGCUCUUUCUCGCUCGUUUUUUAACAAGAGGGGGCGGGAAAGGGGGCGGAGGAGAAAUGCAGCCGGGACUUUGCCAAGCAAUCUAAGACAACAAGAGAGGGACUGUCGGUUGUGGUGCCCACACAGUAUAGCAGAGAAGGCGGGCUGCGUCCUAGUGGCUAAGACAUCUCUGCAGUUGUUCGCCCUGUACAUUUUCCUGAUUUUUUUAAAAAAAAAUACAAUGGUUUCCAUCAUCUCUGAUUUGGACCCACUGAAAAGCUGGAAAGUUUUAAGAGAGAGCACCACUGAGCUGUCUGGAACAUUACCAAGUAACGGCACAGCUAACAAGAUGAAUGGAGCUUUGGAUCACUCAGAUCAACCAGACCCCGAUGCCAUUAAGAUGUUUGUCGGACAGAUCCCCCGUUCAUGGUCAGAAAAGGAGCUAAAAGAACUGUUUGAGCCUUACGGAGCUGUCUACCAGAUCAACGUUCUCCGAGAUCGGAGUCAGAACCCUCCCCAAAGCAAAGGUUGUUGUUUCGUAACAUUUUAUACAAGAAAAGCCGCGCUCGAGGCACAGAAUGCACUGCACAAUAUUAAAACCUUACCUGGGAUGCAUCAUCCCAUUCAGAUGAAACCGGCAGAUAGUGAAAAGUCCAAUGCUGUGGAAGACAGAAAAUUGUUCAUAGGAAUGGUUUCGAAGAAGUGUAAUGAGAACGACAUCAGGGUGAUGUUUUCUCCAUUUGGCCAGAUAGAAGAAUGCCGAAUCCUUCGGGGACCAGAUGGGCUGAGCAGAGUGCACAGCCUCAAUAUGGAAUCUAGCCGAGGCUGUGCGUUUGUCACAUUUUCGACAAGGGCAAUGGCACAGAAUGCAAUCAAAGCCAUGCACCAGUCUCAGACCAUGGAGGGCUGUUCUUCACCAAUAGUCGUGAAGUUUGCUGAUACCCAAAAGGACAAGGAGCAGAGACGUUUACAACAGCAGUUGGCACAACAAAUGCAACAGCUCAACACUGCCACCUGGGGGAAUCUCACAGGUCUUGGAGGACUUACGCCACAGUACCUGGCUAGAUUAGACAUUAAUAUGGAUUUACAGCAUCGACUCUGGGGACCUUCAUUCCAACACCAGGCAGAAGCAAGAGACUGUAUAAAUCUUCUGCAGCAAGCAACCUCCUCCAGUAACUUGGGUGCCUUCAGUGGCAUUCAGCAAAUGGCUGGAAUGAAUGCUUUACAGCUACAGAAUUUGGCGACGCUAGCAGCCGCAGCAGCCGCCGCCCAGACCUCAGCUACCACCACCAAUGCAAAUCCUCUCUCCACAACAACUGGUGCCCUUGGUGCACUCACGAGUCCAGUGGCUGCAUCAACGGCAAACUCUACAGCUGGAGCGGCCAUGAAUUCUUUGACUUCUCUGGGGACUCUCCAAGGACUGGCUGGAGCCACUGUUGGAUUGAAUAAUAUUAAUGCACUAGCAGGUACCGUAAACAUUGCUCAAAUGCUCUCAGGUAUGGCCGCCCUGAACGGAGGACUCGGUGCGACAGGCUUGACGAAUGGUACAGCUGGCACAAUGGAUGCCCUCACCCAAGCCUACUCAGGAAUUCAGCAGUAUGCCGCCGCAGCACUGCCGACAUUGUACAGUCAAAGCUUGUUACAACAACAAAGUGCUGCAGGCAGCCAGAAAGAAGGUCCAGAAGGAGCAAACCUCUUCAUUUAUCACCUCCCACAGGAGUUUGGAGACCAGGACAUUCUGCAAAUGUUCAUGCCUUUUGGAAACGUCAUUUCUGCUAAAGUCUUCAUUGACAAGCAGACCAAUCUGAGCAAGUGCUUUGGUUUCGUUAGCUAUGACAAUCCUGUCUCUGCACAAGCUGCUAUACAGGCUAUGAACGGCUUUCAGAUUGGCAUGAAACGUUUGAAAGUUCAGCUGAAGCGCUCCAAAAAUGACAGCAAACCUUACUGAUCAUUACCCCAGAAGCUUACUGCUAUUAAUUUAGAUUUCUUAGGACAUCUUCAUGCCCGUUAGCUCAUCGUUUGCCUAGCAUGUCCCUGUGGCGUCUAAAAAAAAAAAAAAAGUUUCAUCGUCCCGUCAUUGUUUCUGAUGUCUUUCUGACCUCACAUCAUAAUUUGGUUCUCCUACUGACCUUUGAUCUAUAGUUUGAACCUUUGAAAUUUGCAUGUGACCUCAUCUAGCUAUAUGAAUUCUGGGAAGUCAAUGUGAAAAGCAUUGCUGCAUUUAUGCAAGAUCAAAAUUUAUUACUAGCCAAAUUAAUGAUAGGAUUAUUUAAAAAAAACACAACCUGUGGCAAAAUGUUUUGUUAGGGUUUUUAGUUGUUCCUUUUUUUUUUCUUUUCAUUUUGUGUUUUAAAAAAAAAACAGACUUGAAAGUAUUAUACAGAGAUUGGCAUUCUGGCUGGUCACUGAUGAGAAUAGCAAUAUGUGUCCAGAGACACAGAAUGUUGGUUUCUAACAGACUACUUCCAAAACAGUUUGAAAUGAAGAACUGUCUGAUUUUAAGUCUCUAGAGGUCUGUAAUAGUUUUUACAUUUUUCAGGCAGUGUAAAGUUUUUUGAUAAGGCCAUUUUAGGUGGCUUACUUUCUCAUUAAGAAUAUAUAUAUAGAACCACUUUUGUAGAUUAGUAUAACAAAAAGAAUAUUUACCCUGUUUUAGGGCAAAUGCUACCUAUUUGUGUCACCUUUUGCUGAACUGACUCACAAGUUAGACAAUCCAUGAAUUAAUGCACAUGAAAAUUACCUAUAUUUUAUACUGUUUCAAUGUACAGGAGAAAGGUUACUGUAAACUGUUGUUCCAUCGGUGCUUCUGUGAAUUAAGUUGUGAUUUCAUCAUGGGUCUUUUGGUCUUUAAGUGUUCUGUGUUUAUAAACAACAGGUUUGAAAUUGGUUUUUACUUGAACAACAUCAACGACAGAACAACAAAAAACAAAUUUCAAAAAAUGAAAAAAGUUGUUUGCUUAAAAUUUAAAAAAAAAAAUUCAUGUGAAAAAUAAAAACUAUUCCAGACUAAGUUUGUGUUAGCUUCUGUGACGCAUUGGUGUCAAUUUUUUAAAAAAAUAUUAUUGUGGACAAUUUAGAUGUGUUUGUGUUCAGCAAAAUGUGAUCAGUUUUUCUUUUAAAGAAAUAAAAAAAGAAAUCAGUGAAAAAUCUUAGUGCCAAAUUCCAAAGGUACUUUUCUUCCUAGAGCUUCAGUGUGUUUCUUGUGUGAAGUAAUUUGAUAACAUGGGUAUUUUACUAUGUGUUUUGUAUAAAUCCCUAAUAUUUAAAGGAAAAGAGGUUAAAAAGUUUGUUAACUUGCUAUCCUGUGGUCUUGUUGCCUGAAAAUUGUUGUUGUUUGUUAUUUCUCUUGGAUGUUUUUUGUAAAACAUUGUAUAAGUGCCCAUGUUUCACUUUUCUAACCACUCUGCACAUCAACGCUGUGAAAGCAAACCUCACAAUGUAAUUUCUUCAUAAUGUACGGAAACCUCUAAGGUGAGAAAGUUUUGAACUUUUAACCCUUUCCACCCAGAGCUGUCUUGAGAAUACUUUUAUACAUUCACCAUUUUGCUGUUUAUUUUUAUAUAUACAUAUAUAUAUAUCUAUAGCUAUAAAUAUAUAUAUACUUACUUUUUGUGGUUUAUUUAAUACAUGGUUGAAAUCAGAAAAAUGCACAGGGCAGACCUGAAGGACAAAAAAAAAAUAGUAUUUUACUGCUGUCUAAAUUUCUUCUGUAUCUAUAACUAAAAAAAAAUAUUUAAAAUAGUAAUUGUAGAUCUCCUUUUUAGGCCUUUGGGGUUUUUUUGUCUUUUCUUAAAAGAGCUUUUAAUAUGCUGCUGGAAUAUGCUAUUCAGUAUUAGUAAAAUAAAAUAAAAUAAAUUCUUUAAUUAUGUAUUGUAUGACCACUCCUAGACAGGAGAGGUAAACCCACCAUUUGAAAUCAUUAAGAAAAAAAUAUUUUUGUAAUGAAAUAAAAUAAACUUUUGCUUAAAUCCAAUGCACUAGAACUUCCUGGAUGAAACUUCAUUGUGCACUGCAGAUUAAACUACUUUUUAUGGAUGAGGUUUACACAUGUCGUGAUGCUCUGAUGAGUUAUCUGCCUGCGUUAUCUGUUAUAUAUUAGUACAGAUGUAAUAGAUACAAAGUAGGUAUCAUAAUAUCUUUUGUUAACUGAUUUCUGUUGAUAAUGGAACGUGCAAACUUUUGAAUUGGUGCAAACCCUUUGAAAGGUAGAAGGAAAAUGUCACUCUCACUCAGCUAUAUUGUAAACAAACCAGGCACAUGAUCCACCCUCUUUGACGGGCACAGGUUUCCAGGGCCCUUGCAUGCAGGGUAUUUAUGCUCUAAGCUCAAGCAGCCUGUGCACGUGGUCCUGAGUUAGAUCUACAAAUGGGAAAGAUAAUGGAUUUGUAUCCUGAAAAGCAAAAUAUAAAAAAUCAAAAUAAAUAACAGGGCAUUGCUUUGAGCCAAGCACAAGACACUCCAAACCAGCAGGGAAAAAGGAAAAUGGGCUGCAGUGUGGCCACCUGCUUGCCCAAUGUUACCCAAAGCAUAUAUGUUCCAAUCUUGUGUGUUUUCCAAGCAAAACACAACAGUUUAAAAUGUGCUGUGCCAAGCAGUACACUGAUGCCCCCCUCAUCAGUAUGUGUGUGGGGACAAGUACUUCUGGUUUUAACAGACUCUCCCUUUCUCCCACUGCAUGGUGGAUCACUUUUUGAACUCGGGGGAGUAGGCAUUGAAAAGUGUGAGAGGGGACAGCCGCUCAAAGAAUGAAAGGUCAAACGUUCUGCUAGACAAACGGAUACCUCUAGGCAUGCUUGAAAUGCCCUCUAAGUUUGUGGGUUGAUAUAGGUCAGAGUCAUUACCGUGACAUCUUGCACACACUUCACACUUGGCACUGCAAUCAUGUUUAGGAUGUCACAUCAAUGCUGGUGUUCAUAAAUGCACCAGGGAGCUGCCAUCUAUUAAGGCUCCUUAGUGCAGGUUCCCCCAUGCAAUUAGGAAUGUGCAUAUACCCAUUUCACGUUUGACACAGUCAUUGUGUUUGCUGGAACCAUGCUGGUGAACCCCACAGUGAAGAUGUGAAAUGUGAAGACACACAUUCCUAAACAUGCAGAGGCCACAUGACAGGGAGAUACAGCUAAUCAGAAGUUCCUGCCUGGUAUCCUUAAGAGAACAAGAAUUCCCACUUGCCCUUAAUGUUUCACAUAUUUGCUUUAGUGCUGCAGCAACCACAACUGCCCUUCUCUCUGUGUAUUUCCCCCAGGCACCUGGUUGGCCACUGUGAGAACAGGAUGCUGGACUAGAUGGGCCACUGGCCUGAUCCAGCAGGCUCUUCUUAUGUUCUUAUGUUCUUAUUUCUCUGAAAUGACUAAAACUGUUACACCUGUAAUCCACUUUACUGUCUGUUUACCUAACUAAUAGCCACAGCUUUCCAUUUUACUAGAUGGAAGUGUUCUGCAUAACUCAGAAGCUUGCAUGCUACAUCAACAGAAAGUGAUCCAAUUUGAAGGUAUCACCUUAUCUAUUUUGUAUCUCUUAUUCUCUGUUGUGACAAUAUACGGGCACAAUCGUGGAAACAUUCACUUUGGAGUAACUGUGUUCCUAUAUAGAGAGGGAUUCUGCGAAUCUUAGGUGUUUGCAGGAAAGAGCCCAGGAAACUGAAAAUAAAAUAAAAGAUGCUGAUAACUCUUCACUGCCUUUUUCUUUAAAGUUGGAUUGGAUAGCAUUCCUGCUCCUAAACCAAAUUUGGGUCUUCUGUACUGGCAAAUAAACCCCUUCCCAAGCCAAUACAUUUCAGCAGCCUUAUAGUCUGCUGAUAAAAGUGCCAUAAUCAUUCCCCAUUGUCUAUUCCCACUUUGUUCCAACCCUCUCCUAACUUCCUGAUUCCCCAAAUCCCCCUUGUAAAUUAUCUUUUAAAAUACAAAUAAUGAUCACACACACCCUUCUUUGCUUUUAAAUUGUUGUUUUAUAGAGAAGCCCUGGGGUGGAAAGGACUAGAAUCCAAGUGAUGCAAAAAAAAUGAAAAAGGUUUCUAGCACACGCACUUAUAAUGUUCUGUGUUAUUCUCAUAUGUUUUUACUACUGCUGGGGCCUUCCUAAACCCUUUGAGGGCUAUUUUGUACUUCUUGCAGCAAUUUUUGCCUACUGAAUUAUCAUGUGUAUAACCGAUCCCUAAUAUAGGAUCAUCAUGUUGUUUCUCGACAUUUAAAUUUCCAAAAUAGUUGUGCUUUUAUUUCAAACUCUUCAGACCCCUUCAGUAUAGUAAAACUCCAUGAAGGACAUUUCCCCAGCCUGCUGCUUAACUGCCUUUCAUUUCAAUGGGGCUUGCACCAAAGCCCCAUACAAGCCCUAUUAAAAUGGCAGCAGUGUGCAAUGGAUUGCACCCAGCUUGGGCAACCCAGUUACAUACAGUUCCUUUGUCAUCCCACCAGCUGGUGCCAAGCUCAAGCUCUAGAACUCUUGAUCAGUUUGCAUGUGUCCAACGUGGCAGGUAUUUCCUCCCCCAUUAUUCGUCUUUUUUGUUCAAGCAAGGUCCAUUUUGCAAUGCAAAGAAAGUUGAAUUUAAACAUGAAAAAAAAUGCAAGUUUAGACCACUUCCUUAAAGAAGGGGCAUGCAUAUGGGGGAGAGAAGCAUUGACACAGCUGGAGCUUAGCUAGCUGUUUUCCUUGCCAUUCCCUGGGCCAAAGAGGUAAGCAGCUUGUUAAAUAUAAAAAGUGGUUUGUCUCUGGCAGGGGAAACUGGUGCAAGGAAAACCAGCCAGCAAAGUUAAAGCUUCGCAAGUGAAGUUCUUGAUUUGGGCACAGCAUUCACACUCCCUUGCACAUGCACGCUGGCCCGCCUUUCUUUUUUCUUUUUGGGUCCCAUAUAGAUUAUCUGUCACUCAUUUCUGAAAUAUCAACUACUGGGGAAAAGCUGCAAGAGUGCAAAGGGCUUUACAACAGAGGAAGAAAAAAAAUUGAACAAGGGGAAUUUGCUUCACAAAAAUUAAACUGCAAAAGCACAAAGAAGUAGUUUUCUAACCAAAUUAGCCAAUUUCAGUGAAAUUGCUAUAUUCAAAGGAGUAACAAGUUCAUCUUUCUUUCACCAUAGGGGUUAUUAUUCCUUGGCUUGUGCUACUCUCUGGAAUCAUUUUACUGUUUCUGUUUUUAUUAACUUAAGUACUAAUUAACAAAAGAGUUUUUUAAAAGCUGUAGUUUCAUUAUCUUUCUGAAUAAUGUCAUAAAAAAGUAACCCUGUGUACCGGAGGGGGGGGUUGUGCUGUGAGAAUAUGUUGUUUGUAGGUUAAUAACAACUCUCUUUUAGUUGAGAAUGUCAAAACUUUGUGACAUGAUCCGUUUACACUAUGAGUGCAGUGUCCCUAUAUAGAGGAUUCCCAUUGGCUCAAUAAAGCUCUGUUUUCCCCCCUUCCCUGCUUACUCCCAUGUGCCAUUCCAGCCCUCCAUGUCUGGCCAGUGGAAGUUACUUGUACACAAAGACCAUGUAUCAAGAUAAGAUGAGGCUGGAAGGGGACGCGUGAAUCGUGUACAUGCCUCGCAUUUCCCGUUGCACUGUGUGCAAACAUGUAGGUGAGGGAGGAAACGGGGUUCUCUUGAACCUCAUAGGAAUUGUCCAUGCAUGGGACUCAUACUGACUCUAUGGUGCAAAUAGAUUGUGCUGUAGGUUUUGUUUUUUGUUCAUUGUUUUAGGUUUGUCAGAGAAAAGCCAAAGUUACUGCAAUGUAGUGGAAACUGAGACCAUCUGAGUAUUGUUUCUGCUUUGUUGAUGCAUUUGGAUUUUGCUGUUUGAUGGAAUUUGAGCCAAAACAAAAACAAAAAACAGGCUUUCCUAUUUCUAAAACUUGAUUGUACUUAUGCAUUUUGUACCAGUGGAACUUUUUAUACUGGAGAUUUAAAAACAUGGAAAUUUUUGUGGCUUACUCUUGUGGGCCCCCAAAUCAUGGCUGAUUUUCAAGUUUGAUUUCCAGUUGGUAGAAAGAAAGUUGGUUUUGUUUAAGAGAAUUUAAAAAAAAAACUUUGGCUUGGUUUAAUUCUUUCCCUUUGCUUCUAUUUAGUGUUUAGAAUUUUGUCUUUGAAGCAAGCAGUAAGUUUUCACUUUUUAUUCUGUAUUGUGCCGUUACACAAUAUAAAGAUAAAUUAGAAUUUAGGAGUACACAGUCACUUUAUGUGGAUAAAUGUAUUAGUUAAAAAAAAGUAGGGGUUUGCUUUUUUGCUGUUUAGAUCAAAAGUUUUUUCUGAUUCUUCUGUCUUCAUUGUGAACAUAACCGUGUAGUUGAAACAGUCAAACUUAUUUUUGUAACGUAUGUUAUUGUGUGAUGCAGUUUUUUGCUUCUGU